CGCACGGCGCGGACCCGUUCGGAGCGCGAGGCCGCCGGUGGAUAGAGAGCGCGGCGUGGCCCCGGGAGAGCGGCCCGGGGCGGCCUCGGAGCGAGGCCCCGCAGCGCCCAGCGGCCGGCAGAGCCGCGGAAAGAGAUUCUCAGCCCCGCCCUUGAGAUGAUGGGACUGGGAAACGGGCGUCGGAGCAUGAAGUCACCGCCACUCCUGCUGGCUGCCCUGGUGGCCUGUAUCGUCGUCCUGGGCUUCAACUACUGGAUUGCCAGCUCCCGGAGCGUGGAUCUCCAGACGCGCAUCAUGGAGCUGGAAGGCAGGGUCCGCAGGGCAGCUGCGGAGAGAGGCGCUGUGGAACUGAAAAAGAAUGAGUUUCAGGGAGAACUGGAGAAGCAGCGGGAACAACUGGACAAGAUCCAGUCCAGUCACAACUUCCAGCUGGAGAGCGUCAACAAGUUAUACCAGGAUGAGAAGGCGGUUUUAGUGAAUAAUAUCACUAGCGCAGAGAAGCUCAUCAGGACCCUGCAAGACCAGCUCAAGGCCCUGCAGAGGGAUUAUGGCAAGCAGCAGCAGGAUGUUCUCCAGUUUCAGAAGAACCAGACCAACCUGGAGAGGAAGUUCUCCUAUGACCUGAACCAGUGCAUCAGUCAGAUGAAGGAGGUGAAAGAGCAGUGUGAAGAGCAGAUAGACGAAAUCAUCAAAAGGGGGAACGAAGCCAUAGCUUCCAGAGACCUGAAUAAAAAAAGAGAGCAAAGUCAGCAGCUCCACUCUCUCAGUGAGCCUCAGGCCAGGGUGCAGCAAACAGGCUUGCCACAGGCAGAGGUGCCACAAAAGAAAGGAAACGUACUCAGCAACGCUCAGCCCAGUUCUGAAACAGCUUUGGAUUUGAAGAGACAAGUUAAAAAGGAGGAAGCCAAUGAGAUUCAGGUCGUCCAAGAGGAAGACGCUCGGAGGCCGAACCUGAGGCUGCCACAGGAGCCAGGCCCAGUGCAGGCUGCCGAAGACAACAAGCUGGUAGAGGAAAGAGGUGUCGGGGAAGCCAGAGAACUUGGCCAAGCCCCGCAGAUGCCAGCUGCUCUGUUGGGGAGCCAGGAAAAGAUGGAGCCUGACGACCCUGAGCGGGACCAGCUUGUCAUCCGUGAUGUCCAAGAAGAGGAGCACGGUGCUGAUGGGCAAGGGAAAAACCAGCAAAAGCUGGGAGGAGAUGAUGACUACAACAUGGACGAAAAUGAGGCAGAAUCCGAAAGAGACAAGCAGGCAGCCCUUGUGGGGAAUGACAAAAGCCUGAACGCUUUUAAUGCUGAAGAUAAACAAAGAAACGCCAUAAAUUUACUCGAUGAGCACGAAAAGAGGAAUCGCACUCUCUGAAUCAGAGUGGAAUCACAUACGUCACAUCAGAAUUGAGGAGAUGGCCGUAAAAUAAUUCACGUAGAAUUGAACACGCCAAACCGAAAAGUACUCAGUAAAACAUACAUCUAAAGAUGAUUAUUGUGGAGUUUUAGUGUGUACCUUAUGUGGGAAAAAUGGGGUUGUCUUUUAGACACUCUUGGGGGGGUACUUUUGAAGUGCCUAUGUUAGAAUGUCAAAAUUUGUUAAGUUUUUGGUGAAUAGGCACUUCACAAAAAGAUCAACACCAAAAAACAGAACACAAGUUCUGCUUCGAGUAUGGCGACAGUGGUGCUUGUUUAUCCUGGAACAGAACUUUCUUUAAAAACAAAGGGCUGAGGGAAGAGUCUGUCUUCUGACGUUAUGGAGAGAGCCACCACGCUUAGAGGACACCCCUUCCUCAGCCCCCUCUGGAGUCUUCUCUCCUCCACAGGCGGUGCUGAGGGACUCGGCCCUUACUUCUGGUCUCACUGGUAAAGCCUGAAUGAGGACUGCUCUCUCCUCUCGUGCAUUCACUUCUGACCGUCAGUGGCCUAGAGCACUGACUAUUAACAAAAAACGUCAUCUAGCAACAGUUUUAACCAGUCUAAACCCCAAGCUAUUUUGUGUGAGAAUUUCUAAAAAGACUACUUGUAUGAUAGCCCUUGUCAUCCUUAAUGUACAAAAUGCUUUUAAGUGACUUGUGAUUUGAACAUCUGUGGUAGGUACCUGCUUUGCUUAGUGUAUGUGGGUAAAGCAAAAUCUUCGGUAAUAAAUACACCUUACCAAAAACAUGAGUAGACUGGACUUCCGACCCAGCAGGGCCUAGCGUGGAGGGUGCCGGCAGCCUGCAGCGGAGCCCAGUGGGGGAGGCACAGUCCUGUGAGGGCUGGUUUGUUGUAGAUAAAUCUGUGCCUACUUUAUUAUGAGAGUAGACGAAAAGAAAGUUAACUGCUAUUGAAGGAUAUUUACAGUGUUACAAGUUGGGAGUUUAGAAAGGCAAGAGAAAUGUAGUACGUUUUUGUCAGUUUUCACAUUUAGCUGUGGCAAAAUGACUAUCACAAAACUGAUUUAAAAAGUCAAAGGUUAACGUUAAUUUUGAAAAUGGACUUGAGUGACUUAUGAUAAUCCACAUUGGUAGCAGUGACAACAGGUUUGACUUCAGUUGGUUCCCUGCAAAUGGCAGGCAGUCACGUUCCUGUCUCGCUUUCAAUGAGGAUCUCUGAAGGGUGAGUGGUGGUGCCUAUUAGGAUACAUUUAGAUUCACAGAAUUUGAGCUGCAGGGGCCUCAGGGGUCAUUUGGUAUAAGGCCCUCUUUUUCAGGACAGGACAGUAAGGCCCAGAGAGGUUAUAUAACUUACAGGGGCCAGACAGUGGGGGAGCUUGGCGCCCGGACUCACAUCCAGGUGUGCUGAUAUACUACAUUCAUACCAAGAUUUCAAACUUGAACGUUGUUCACAUAGGAAUGUAGGAUAUCCUUUUUCCCCCAAUGAGAAAAGGCAGCUGAAGGGUGUAAAAGUAGCUUUAUAAGAUUUUUAUCUUUUUCCAACCUCCGUUUAUGUCUUAGGGUUGAUAUAAAUCCUCUCUUGCGUUCUCAAAUAAUGAAACUGCUAUUCAUCUCUUGUUUAAUUAAUGUGCAGAGUUGCUGA